ACUAACACAUGCACCAAAUACAUCCUGACAGGACCGGAGUAUGUUUCCAAGACCUUUGCGAUAAGAUAAGACAGGCCAAGAAGAGAUGGAACAUAUUUUGUUUCUGUUUACUAUUUUCUUGAGUUUCGCUUUCUCCACUAGAUGCAAUGAUGUUUACACUUAUAGCAAAAAAGAUUUCCCAGAGGGAUUUGUGUUCGGAUCUGCCGUUUCUGCUUAUCAGUGGGAAGGAGCUGCUGAUGAAGACGAAAGAAAGCCUAGCAUAUGGGAUACAAUUUUUCACUCUAGAAAGGGACCUACGGGAGAUGUAGCAUGCGAUGGAUAUCAUAAAUAUAAGGAGGACGUAAGGCUGAUGUAUGACAUGGGUUUAGAUGCAUUCCGACUCUCCAUCUCGUGGUCGCGACUAAUACCAAGUGGAAGAGGUCCUGUGAAUCCAAAGGGUUUACGUUUCUACAAAAACCUUCUAGAUGAACUCAAAAGCCAUGGAAUUGAACCUCAUGUGACUUUGUAUCACGAUGAUCUCCCUCAGACACUUGAAGAUGAAUACGGAGGAUGGUUUGACCGCAAAAUCAUCGACGACUUCACUGCUUUUGCUGAUGUUUGCUUCAGAGAGUUUGGGAACACAGUGAAAUUCUGGUCAACGAUUAAUGAGCCCAAUAUGCUAGCAUUUGGAGGUUCUGGCUUGGGAAUUAAGCUUCCAACUCCGCAGACCAAUUCAUACAGAGGAAACUCUUCAACUAAUCAAUAUAUUGCACUCCAUAAUAUGUUACUUACACAUGCAUCUACAGCAAGUUUGUAUAAGAAAAAGUACAAGGAUAAGCAAAAUGGAUCUGUAGGUAUAACAUGUUUUACUUACUGGAUGGUUCCUUUCACUAGCUCUAAAGAAGACGAGAUGGCCACUCAGAGAGCCAAAGAUUUCUUUUUGGGCAGUGUUCUGCACCCGCUUGUGUUUGGGGACUAUCCAGGCUCGGUGAAGAGAAUCGUAGGCAAGAGACUGCCAAGUUUUUCUAAAGAAGAGUCAGAUCUCGUUAAGAACUCAUCCGACUUCAUAGGAGUCAUACACUACACUAUAAUGUACAUUGCACACUUAACUAGCUCCACCGACCAAGAUUUUGUGUCAGACAUGAAUGCUUCACUAAUCCCCUUUGGGAACUCUACACUGGUCAAGUAUGAUGUGCUACCAUGGGGUCUUGAAGGAGUGUUGGCAUACAUAAAGGAGAACUAUGGCAAUCCACCUGUCUACAUUCUUGAAAAUGGUCAAUCAAGCAACCACUCUUCAUCACUCAACGACGUGGGAAGAGUUGAAUACCUUCAUGCCUAUAUUGGUGCUGUGCUUAAUUCAGUGAGGAAUGGGUCUGACACAAGAGGCUACUUCCAAUGGUCGUUCAUGGAUUUGUUCGAAUUUCUCGAUCCCAACUACACAUAUGGAUUGUAUUAUGUGAACUUCAGUGACCCGGAACUUAAGAGAUCUCCUAAAACCUCUGCUUUGUGGUACUCUGCUUUUCUCAAUGGCACGACUUCUAGUUCACACGAGCUCAAGAACUCUGGUUCUUUUUCUGCGCUGUAAAAUAGGAAUUAACCCGGUUUGCCCCCCCCUUCCGGUUUACUUUCCUUUCCCGUAUGUUUAUCUUAUUUAGUGGGGGAGCCUGGGAGGUAAUAAUGUUACAAUAAACGUGGAGGUAUUGUGUUAGUUCUCAUUUCUCAGUGGUUGAUUCA